AUGUUACCACCACAGAGACCCUCACUAGAUUUGUCUUUACUUGCCCUUGCGAUUCGACCACCUCCACUGGCAGGAUUGGAAUGGUUCCGGGCCUCACUCAUCCGGGGCUCUCACCCUGAAGUCAAGCUCGGUAUCGGUGUCUCACUCAACUACCUGGCCACAGGUUUCGACAUCUCACACGACUUUGCUGCAUACGACUUCACCUUCUGCGUCUGGGUCAUCCCCAACUACUGCUCUUGGGACUUCGACCUCUGUUCCUCGGCCCGGAAGUUCAACCAGCAGUUCCCGAUCGGAAUCAACCUCACCAUCGAGCCCCGUUACACUUCAGUCUACUUCCACACCCACGCCUGCACAACCACAUCCUCCCCUGUGGCUAUCUCCACAACGACACCAGGGACGACUGCUGCCCUCUCUACAGUGACUACGAGCACAACUUCUGCUCUCACUCCGGUCACCACGAGCACGACCACACCCUCUACUGUGGACAUCCCAACGACGACACAAGGGACGAGCUCCACACUCACUCCAGAGAUCACGAGCACGACCACACCCUCCACUGUGGACAUCCCCACGACGACACAAGGGACGAGCUCUACACUCACUCCAGAGAUCACGAGCACGGCGUCCACUACCACUUCAUCGCCAGAAUGCUCAUUCGAGACUAUCACGACUACUCUGAAGAAGAGGGAUGUUCUAGAAGUGCGGACUGUGACAGUACCUGCUGCAGGCUGCUCAGUGACGAGCUCCACGACCUCUGACCCGGACAGCUUUUCCAGCACAACUCCAUCUACAGUAGGAAUAUCGACCACCACUCCGGGUUCAAGUUCCUCAGGAUCUACAACUUCAGCUUCAGGACCGUCUGUCGAAACAAGCACAACUGUUCCACCUGAUCCUGCCACUUCAACAAGCGUUACAACUUCGACCCCUGCAGGAGGUGACGGUCUGCCCAGUACCACGAGUCUGACUACCGUCGCUGUGACUGUGACCACCUCGGGGACUUCCUCGACUACUCUGACUGCAGAUACCUCAGCCCCCACGGCGGGUCAGCCCUUCUCCCUGAUAGUGAACAACGGUGGAACAGGCAAGCACAAGCGAGACAUCUUGGUGGUCGGUUACGUCAACGGAGCACUUGUGCUUGUUAGCUCCCCAGACGAUGCUGUGGCUUUCAUUCUGACAUCUGACGGCGUGCUGAUGAUUUUCGGCACUUCUUUGGUGGUUGGCUUCGGCGGUGGCUCCGGAACUUCAGCUCUGACCAUCUAUUCAUCGGUCUCGGCCAUGCCAACAACAAUUGUAUGGUCAGUCUCUGGCGGCGCUCUGAUCUUGCCGGGAGCUGGCUUUUGCGUUGGUGCCAACAAUGUCAUGUCGGUGACAGUCGGCUCUGCAACGGACAGCAGCUGUACUCCUGUCACUCCUGUGCCUGAUACCGACCCAGAUUCCUACAAUACUGAAGUCGCUAGCACUGUAACGCCAUCGCCACAAACCACAACUUCGAACACACCGGGGUUGAGCUCGACAACGGUUGACGCUACGACCACUACCGAUUCAUUGCCAUUGGCCACCACAACUGGUGUUACCAGCCCUACUUCUAGCCCUGAAAGCCCAACCUCGAGUCCUGUCAACCCUACUUCCAGCCCUGACAGUCCAACAUCGACCCCUGACAGUCCAACCUCGAGCCCUGUCAACCCUACUUCGACUCCUGAUAUCCCAACCUCGAGUUUUACCUCCGCGGUUUAUGUUUCGACUAGCAGCCCAACCUCAAGUCCUAGCAGUCCUGUGUCGAGUUCUACCACGGCGGUCUACGUUUCGACUAGCAGCUCAGUCGUUUUGGAUAGUACCACCUCUGAUAGUAGCCCAUCCACCACUACUACAACGACCACAUCCAAGAGCGAGGAGACGAGCGGACCGAAUUGCUCCAUUCUACCAUUGUCAGAUCAAACAGCACCGGAUGGCACCCAAUACACGCAAUUCUUCUACAGCUGCAAUGCUGCCAUUCCUACGACUCUGGGAGACAGUUACUCUUCGGCCACUUCAGGUGUCGAAGACUUUAGUACUGAUCCAACUGCCUUCUUGAGUCAGUGUGUGGCAACUGCUGAGCAACUGGGCGCUAGUGUAUGGACUUAUUAUCAGUCGUCGUCGGACUUCAAUUGGCAUUGUGGCUUUUGGAACGGUCUGGUGGCAGACGACGACAUUUUCGUGGACGACCCGACAGUGUUCACCAUGAAUGCUAUGACGGUGCUUGGAGCCGAUGGCAGUCCGAGCAGCACAACGACGUCCUCUAGCUCCACGACAACAUCCACGAUCUUCUUUACUGCGUCUUCCACCACGUCUGCGUCGCCAACGACGUCUACGAGUUUGACUUCAUCUACGUCUUCGAGCUUGUCUCCCACUACCGACUCGUCUACAUCCUCGAGCUUGUCUACAACUGCCGACGAGCCUACAUCUUCGAGCCUGUUUGUGCCUUCGGAUGCGUCUACAUCUUCUAGCCUAUCCUCGACUUCGAGCCUAGCUACGACUUCAAGCACUGCAACACCCACCUCGUUCGCAUCGCCAACUACGUCUAGCGUGACAAGCACAACAUCAUCUGCAAAUUGCGUGGCAACAUCAGCGUCAGUUGGUGAUGUUUUGAAUACGCCGAAUGGAAAUUCCUGGAUUGACUUCUUCUCCUCCGGAUGUGGAUUGUCCUUGGACUGGCAAACCUUGAACUUUAAUAAUCUUUAUGUUUAUCAGCGCUCUGAUUAUACUUUUGACGAGGCAUUGUUGGAUUGCGCGGAGGUCGCUGACAACGAUGGCUCCGCUGUCUUCGAGUUCGAGACUGAUACACGCAACAACGACCGAUGGGUGUGCUGGACUCUCAACGACAUUACCAAUGAUCCGUCACAAUUCCAACCUUAUCCUGGCAUUGCUGACGCGUACGGUUGGUAUUUGCCUAGCAGGCUGGUUUCGGUGACUACCACAACAUCAGCAUCAGCAUCAACCACGACCUCUGCUCCUAUAUCCACACUAUCGACUCUGAUUUUGACUUCUGCCUCCACUGCUACCACUACGGAUUCCGCUGUCGCACCCCCAACUACAUCAUCAAUUUUGACUACGACGUCCGACUCUGCUGGUACCACUACAACAUUUGGUUUGCCUCUUCCAACUACAGCGUCAACUCUGACCACAACAUCGGCUUCCACCGCUACUACAACUGCAUCAUCUACUUUAACGUCUUCCAGCUCUACUACUUCUGCAACCACGACUGGCGCACCGUCAAUUGAUAGCACGACGAGCACACCAUCGGUUGACAGCACGACGAGCACAUCUUCACUUGAUAGCACAACCAGCACACCAUCGAUCGAUAGCACGACGAGUACACCUUUAUUUGACAGCACGACGAGCACACCAUCGGUCGACAGCACGACGAGCAUCGCCACAACUUCUACGCCGGAAUCAUUCGUCGCAACUAGUACAACAUCGUUCGAAAGUACGACUAGCACAUCGUCACUUGAUAGCACCACCAGCACGUCAUCGUUUGAUAGCAGCACAACGAGCACAUCGUCACUUGACAGCACUACCAGCACAUCGUCACUUGAUAGCACCACCAGUACACUGUCGAUCGAUAGUACGACGAGCAUAGUCAGAACUUCCACGUCAGCACCGGUCACGACGAGCACCUCAUCGUUCGAUGGCAGCACCAGCACACCGUUAUUCGAUAGCAGCACGACGAGCACGUUCUCAAUUGAUAGCACCACUAGUACACCGCCAAUCGAUAGUACCACGAGCAUAGUCACAACUUCUACGUUAGUACCGGUCACGACGAGCACCUCAUCGUUCGAUGGCAGCACCAGCACACCGUCAGUCGAUAGCACGACGAGCAUAGUCACAACUUCUACAUCAGUAUCCGCCACAACGAGCAUCUUAUCGUUCGAUAGCACCACCAGCACGUCAUCGCUUGAUAGCCGUACGACGAGCACAUCGUCACUUGAUAGCACCACCAGCACACUAUCAUUCGAUAGCACCACCAGCACGUCGUCAUUUGAGAGCAGGACAACGAGCAUAACCACAACCUCUACGUCAGCUUUGGUCACGACGACGAGCAUCACAACAUUGGACGACACCACGACUUCUACGUCGGUCACCUCGACGGGCACAACAACAACUGACGGCACCACAACUUCUACGUCAGUAUUGAUAAGCACGACUGGCAUAACGACAACCACUGUUCCCAUAACCUCUACGUCAGCAUCGGUCACCACGACGGAGACAACGACAUCAACCUCAACAUUCUACCUCGCCGCUGAGACGGUAGUGACGACUCGCAAGGUCAAGCGAGAUACAGAAUAUCUUGCACUGAAUCCACAGACAGGAUUGAGCAGUCUCGUCGACUCUGAAGCCGAAGCAAGCACCUUCACUAUUGCCGAUGACGAUUCGUUGAUGGUGGUUGUGGAUGGCACGCCGGUCUGGGUUGGUCUGACAAUCGUUACGCCGACUCAACUCGUGAUGGAGACUGUGGCACCAAACCCUCCUGUCACUGCAUCAAUUGAUAGCAACGGUGUCUUGACGAUUUCAUCAGUAGCGGCUGAGUGUAUCUUGAAUGGCGGCCUGGUUGUUUCCAAGGAUGGCUCAAUUCCUGAUGGAUGCGUCCCAGUCACAUUGGUGGCAGUUUCUGGAAACGUGGCUAUCCCAGUCGGUUCAAGCACCACAGGCACGACUACAUCUUCCUCGCCAGUCCUUACUACUUCUAGCGCGACAGCGACGACGACAUCCAGCACUACUACUUCAAGCGCGACCACAACCUCAGCCACGUCAACAACUACAACGCCUGCGUGCACGCCUUCUCCGAUUGGAGAUGUCACCGCCUAUUAUAAUACAACCCAGAUUUUCCGCGACGUGUUUACAGGUUGUGGCGAAUCGUUGGAAGGAGCCACGGCAGGCGGUCUGGAGUAUCUUCCCAAGCAGUUCGCAGUCAGUUGGCAGGCGUCAGAAAAUUGGGAAGGCUGGACAUUCGAUAACGCCGUCAGCCGAUGUGUUCAGUACGCUGUCGACGAGGGUUCCACAGCAGUCGAAUUCUAUAUCGACGUAGAUCAGAACUGGUUCUGCGUUGGUGUCAACAAUGUGGCUUUCAACGAGUCGUCCUUCUACCCUGAUUCAACUGUGGUGAAUGUCUGGGGCUUCGUGUGGGAAAAUUCAUGCCAGAACACUCCGCUUGACGACAUCGUCGCUUCAGAUGGAACUGUCUUCUCUGAAUUUUACACCGGCUGCAGCGCGUCUUUCCAGGGCAACACACCUGGUGGUUUACAGUACCUUAACCGAGUCGUGUCCGUGGACUGGCUUGCCCCAGACUACUCCGGCUACACCUUCGAUGCUGCCGUCCAAAGUUGUGCUGACGACACCACUUCGCAAGGUGGCACCAUGUUCGAGUUCUACGUUGGUUCAGAUGAUUCGUGGAACUGUAUCGCGGUGAACGAUUUACCUGCCAAGUCUGAUAGUUUCUAUCCUGAUGCGACAGUUGGCCAGGUUUGGGGCUUCGCCAUCACAGAAUCAACGGCAGUCUGCGAACCUUCACAACUCGCCGGGUCAAUUCAGUUGGCCAACGGGACUACCUACGAUGAGUUCUAUGAUGGGUGCCAUGUGUCACUGGAGGGUGACGCGAAUGGUGGACCUGGCACAAUGAUAAAUGUGUUUGGCUUCAACAAUCCUCCUGGUGACGAUGGAAAUCAUGGAGGAUGGACCCUGGAGACUUCUCUACAGCAAUGUAUUACGGAUUCAGCGGCUGCUGGGGCAACACUGGUCGAAUUCUACGAGAAUUCCGACGAGGAACCUACGUGGUACUGCUUUGGCGUCGUCGACGUCCCGGCACAGGAGGAUUCGUUCUACGGGGAUGGCACUGUCAAUCGUUUGUGGGCUUUCAAGCUUGACGAGUCUACCUUGCCAACAACCAACUAG